AUGGAGGGAUGUGACGACUUUCGAAAAUGGGACGAAUUAAUACCCGAUGCACUCGGUUUGAUAUUCAAGAAUCUUUCACUACUUGAGAUACUAACAGUAGUUCCAAGGGUUUGCAAAGCGUGGGGAAAAGCCGUAAACGGGCCUUACUGCUGGCAAGAGAUAGACAUCGAGGAAUGGAGCAAAGAAUGCAAGCCCGAUAUUAUCGACCGAAUGCUUCAAUUGCUGAUCACGAAAAGCUGUGGUUCGCUGAGGAGACUAGCUGUUUAUGGUCUCUCUAGUGAGCAGAGCUUUGUGUUCAUUGCGAAUCACGCUCAAUCCCUGCGGGCCCUACGUCUCCCAAGGAGUGAGAUAACCGACCCUAUAAUGGCACGAGCCUCUCGGACUCUUUCGUCCCUCACCUCCCUCGACCUCAGCUACUGCAUUCGUGUCGGGGCCCGUGGGCUCGAGGCCGUGGGCCGGGCUUGCCGCUCCCUGACGAGCCUCCGGCGAGUUAUGCACCCAUUGGAGGUGGUCGGGAAGCCGUUUCAGGACGACGAGGCCCUAGCGGUGGGGGGCACCAUGCCUCGGCUCCGACAACUCGAGAUUGCCUAUUUGCUCGUCCGAACGCAUAGUGUUGUCGAGAUAAUCAAGAAUUGCAAGGAGCUCGAAUUGCUCGAUGUUCGGGGGUGUUGGGACGUGAAUUUGGAGGAAGGGUUCGUGAAAGGUUUCAAGGGGUUGAGAGUGGUGGGGCCCGUUGUUGUGGAUUGUUACGAUGUUUUUUCGGAGCUCUCGGGCUCGUCGGGGUAUUUGGCGUGGGACUUUGUGGCCGGGGAGAGUUUGGAUGUCGAUGAUGAUUGGUAUGACGAGCAUGGUGGGAUGAUGGGUAGUGAUGAUGAUGAUGAUGAUGAUGGGAGCUCGGUUGAGGAUGUUGAGAUGUGGUUUUACGACGAUGUUGAUGCAGUGGAUUCGGGUUUCGAUUGGCCGCAAUCUCCUUGA